GAAUUAUUAGCGUGUAAUUCUAGCUGUAGGACACUCCUCUUGAUGAGAACCAAUAGUGGUGAAAUAGUGGAGACUUUUCCAAAUACCCUCUCCUUUCAGGUACAUAGUAAAAUAUGCAUAGAAUUGAUGAAAAUAGUGGACAGCAUCAUGAGGAUAUUUCCAGACAUAGAGGAAGCACGACCAAGAUGUUCAUCAGGAAUAGAGUCUCUAUGUUUUCUGAACAACUCAAUUGAGAAAGCUAAAUUACUUUUGCAACAUUGCUCCGAAUGCAGCAAACUCUACCUGGCUGUGACAGGAGAAACAGUACUUUCAAGAUGCCAAAAAGCGAAAAAGUCAUUAGAACAAAGCUUAAUUCCCAUUCAGGGUAUGGUUCCAGUCAUGUUGGCUGUAGAGGUUUCUAGAAUAAUUGAUGAUCUUGAGUAUGCUACAUUUGUUCUGGAUUUUGCUGAAGAAGAGGCUGGGAGAGUUGUAAGAGAAUUGCUUCAUCAAGGUUCAACCUCAGAUUCCGUGGACGACUUUGAAGUUAAAGCUCUUCAGUUUGCAGCACCAAGACUGAAUAUAACAUCUCAAAAGGCCAUUUUAAUCGAGAGACGAUCUAUCAAGAAGUUUCUAGAUAAAGUUGGACCAAAUGACCCAAAAAAGAAGACGAUCUUGAGAUAUCUUAUGUAUCUAAUGAAAAAGCAUGGAAACUUAAUGGUGGUGGGAGAACACAUGGAGAAUUUUUAUUCUCGUAGCGAAGAACCAAUUGCAAGGGAUAACUCUAGCCGUGAUUCUCGACGAAGAAAUCGUGUUGAGUCACAUCAUAGCAUGAACUAUGAUCAGAAUAAAACUGAGAUGAAUCAGUCAGAUAGAGUGGCACCACCUGAGGAAUACAAGUGUCCAAUAUCCUCAAGGCUGAUGCAUGAUCCUGUUAUCAUUGCUUCUGGAGUAACAUAUGAAAGAAUGUGGAUAAGAAAGUGGAUUAAUGAGGGUAAAACUAUAUGUCCAAAAACAGAAAAGGAACUGCCUCAUAUGACAUUGACUCCAAAUAUUGUCAUGAAAGACUUGAUAUCAAAGUGGUGCAAAAAUAAUGGUGUCACCAUUCCUGAUCCAAGUAGACAUACAGAAGAUUUUAUGUUGUUGGAUGCUUCAAUCACCUCCAUUAAGAGUUUGGGAAGUUAUUUCAAUGAUCUAAACUUGCCAAUGGAUCUUACUAACAUGUCUCUUGGAUCAUUGGACAAUAGUUUUAGUUCCGAUGUGUCGCGAGUUAAGACCAAUCAUGCCUUGAAUUUGAUGAUGACCAAGAGUAAUGAAAAUUCUCAUCCUCACAAGGAUACAGUUCAUGCAGAGAUACAUGAUACAGAUUUGAUGCUCUUGCCUCAACUUCAUGAUCUUCAAUGGGAUUCUCAAUGCAAGGUCAUUGAAGAUUUGAAAGAUCAUAUGAAAAGCAAUAGCCAAGCUAUUUUGUCAGUGUCAGCUGAAAAUUUAGUCGAACCAGUUGUCAGAUUUUUAAGCAAUGCAAAUGAUCGGCAUGACUUAAAAGCACUGAGAGCCGGAACUCAGCUUCUGUCGGAAUUUGUGAACAAUUGCAGAAGUGGUAUGGCUGACCUAAGUGAAGAUACAUUCAUAAAGUUGGCAAAUCUUCUUGACUCAGAAGUGAUAGGAGAUGUACUUGCCAUAAUGGAAGAACUUUCUGGAGAUGGAAAUAGUAAAGCCAAAAUUGCAGCAUCCAGUGCACUCACUUCUGUCUUAAAGUUACUUGAUUCUGAUAACAAAGGGUGCCAACAACAUGCUAUAAGAAUAAUAUACAAUUUGUCCUUCAACAGUGAAGUUUGUCCACACAUGGUAUCUGUCAAUUGCAUCCCAAAAUUGCUACCUUUUUUCAAAGACAGAGCUGUUUUGAGAUACUGCAUAUAUAUAUUGAAAAACAUUUGUGAUACUGAAGAAGGUAGAAAUUCUAUUGCUGAAACAAAGGGAUGCAUAAGUUCUAUUGCUGAAAUACUUGAGAGUGGAAGUAAUGAAGAGCAAGAACAUGCACUUGAUGUUCUACUAUCUUUAUGUACAUGUUCUCAAAAUGUGGAUUAUUGUAAGUUGAUUUUGGAUGAAGAUGUUAUCACUCCUCUUUUCUAUAUCUCACAGAAUGGAAAUGAUAAAGGAAAGGAAAGUGCCUUGGAAUUGCUUCAUAUUUUGAGAGAUGCUAAAUAUGUUGAGAAUGAAGAUAGGUCCUCUCAGCCAAUUACCAACAACAGUUCUACAGAUUCCAACAGUCAUCCUGAAGAAAAUAGAUCAUCAAAGAAAUCACAAUUUCUGAAGAAACUAGGAUUGUUCUCGAAAUCUACUCCACAUGCAUCAAAACCCAGAAGGUGAAAAUGAAUUUCCUCAGCAUUCUCAAGUCAUAAUAUCCUUGUGAUACCAUUGUGGGGGGAAUACAUAUCACAUGCUUGAUAAGAGCCAGUUUGGAUUGAUGGAUAGCAGAUAUGAUUUAUAUAUGGUGUGCCUUAAUCUUUGUGAAUGUGUGUGAUAUAUUGGUUUUGCCUUUCUUGAGAAUAUUACUAAAUCUCAUAUUGUAGCAUUCUUAGCUCUAAAUAUUCAUUCGCAAUACAUCUGCUGCUUAAUUUUGGACUGCAACAGCAGGUAUUGUAAUUGUAAUGUAUAGUGGUGGUGGUGGUUAUGUUUACAGUAGGCACUGUAACAGUAGGGCUUGUUAAUUGUUAGAAUAGCUUAUAGUUUUCCCUUUUCCCUCAUCCUGUCAACAUCCUAGAGACCAGUUUCCAAUUUUAUUUUGUUUAUUCUUAUUGUGUAUAUAUUAAACACUUCUAGAUUUUAAGCCUUAAUGUGCUUGUUAUUA